UGCGAACCCCCGAACAGAAAGCGCCCGUGACGUCGUAGGCUGAAGCGCCCGUGACGUCGUAAGCUAACGUCCGCGCGCCGCUCCGGCCGGAAGUCCGCUCAAACCCUCGUCUAGUCGGCUCACCUGUCCGCCGCUUGCUCGGGCGACUAAAGCGUCUCCGCUGAUAGCCGCUGUAAAGUAAACAUUGUCACGUGGCCUGGACUUUCCCCGGCCGCACGCCGGUGCGCGUGCUACGAGCGCCGGCGCGGCCCGGCGGGGGAGUUUAGCUGCGAAGAGAACUUUCACCUCAAAACGGUGAUCCACAAUGUGUCGUAAACUAAAUCAUGGUUAAUCCCACAGCAGCUACUGAUGAGAAAUGCGGAAUGAAAUCACAAAUGUCGCCGCUUAAAGCUUUUAUAUCUCAACACGGUGUGAUGCCGCACAUUGUCCACUAGAUGGCGGCGUUUUAUCUACAGAUCGCCCCGCUGGCCUUUACGUGGCCCUCGUCGUUUUUUUUUUUAGAGGCGCGGCCUCAGCGACACGAAUACAAGGGCGGGGACUGUGGCCCCCCGAGCUCACUUUAGAGCAUCCCGGGUGCUGUGCACAAGUCAGCAGCUUCACUUUCAUCCCCCUACCUCCCUCCCCAAACAAACACAAACACACACACACAAGCGUCGUCUUCCAUCCUGCAGCAGACCUGUGCACAAGAGCUGGGAUGUCAAACUCAGACAGGGUGGUGUUGGCCCUCGGAGGAGCCGGCACGGUUGGCUCGGGGAUCGUUAAGGCGCUGCUGGACAAAGGGUUCAAGGUCGCAGUGAUCUCCAGGGACAGCAGCCGUCUGGAGAGGCUCCAAUCCUUCGUGUCCCCCGGCACAAAGGACAACCUCACCACCAUGGUGGGGAACGUGGGGUCAGAGGAAGGAGCAGAGCAGGCGAAGCAGGACCUGCUGAAGGCGGUGGGGAAGGUGACCGACAUCGUGUCCUCCCUGGGCUUCAGCUGGUGGCAGGGCGGACCCCCCCACACUCAGUCCCUCAAGGACCUACACUGGGUCAUGGAGACAUUACUUUUCAGCACGUUUGUGUCAUGGAAGGCCUUCUUCCCCCUGGUGAGGGACGACCCCGGCUCCACCUACUCCUUCAUAACAGGGGGAGCCGGGGAGAAGUUGCUGAUGCCCGGCACCGGCUUCCUCACCGUCGGCGCCGCCAGCACUCUGGCCUUCUGCCAGGUGCUACGAGACGAGUACCCCGAGCUGCCCUGCAAACUCAACCAGGUGAAGAUAAACGCCGGCGUGGCCCCUCCAGAGCGCUCGGCCCCCGGGUACCUGAGCAGCCUGGACCUGGGCGAGGCGGUGGCCUCCCUCGUGGAAAGACGGAGCACCUCCCACUCCGUCUUCACCGUCAGCUGCCCCGCCGACUCGAAGGCCGUCAUCCUGGAGAGGAGCCUCUAGACCCGGGAGAUGCCGCCGCGGCACCAACCCUUCGUCGUCCCGCUCAACUCCCCGGAAAACACUUUCGGAGUCUUUGGUUCAUCCGUUUCCUUACGUUCUUCCAACAGCAAAUGUUGGCUGUUUUAAUGAUUCCUCUACAUUCUGCUACCCGUCCUCCCUCCGCCUCCUCUGCAUGUGUAAUAAGAAAAGAAUUCAAACGAUUCACCAAACCGUCUUGCUGCUUCACAAAUGUAUCUGUUAAAUAAAGUAAGCUUGGUACAAAACUAGACCUCUUCAA